AUGCAUCCAUACACAAACCAACCCCAGUCCGAUAACGGCAGAAAUGAGUCUGGACAUCGCGGGCCACUGAGCAGGACAUGGCCACAUUUGUUCAAAAAGAGGAGAAGAUAUAGUCCCGUGAGAGAAAGCGCACAACAGCAGCAACAACAACAACAACAAGCACACCCACAAGCGCCAGCAGAAACGUUUCUUCCAGUGCAAUCAACAGAACCAAUCCGUCCGGUAAAGCCUCUCAUAGUAAGGCCUCGAUCGAUAAGAACGCCGUCGUUAGUUGCGGACUCUGCAAGCACGAUAUCAUCCAUCAGUCAAACAUCGACACAGCCACCAAAGAGAAUCCCAAUCUCAAGACGGAGCAGUGCAAUUGCACCAGCAGAGACCAAUGGCGCCGGCGGCGUGAAGACCCCACAGGCCGACCUCCUGGCCUCGAAGUCAAACUACGAGCUAAUCUCUUCGGGCCAGCACCUGGAAAUGGGUCUCCACUUCAGCACUGCCAUGGCCACAGGCGUGAUGAUGAAGCGCGCAACACACCGCGCAGCCGAACAAGCACGGCGUGAUAGAAUGAAAACCGCCAUGGUUGACUUGGCGGAGUUUCUGCUUGAUGGGGAAGUCACGUUUGGCACUGGGACGACUUGUUUUGUUGUCAUGCGCGGAAGUGCAGAGAAGGGUAAGGAUAGGGGG